AGCCGUUGCUGGGGGCGACGCCGGGCGGAAGCGGAGCGGCGGCGGACGCUUCGCGCGCCAUUUUCAAACGGCCGCCUCGGCCCACACCGCCGCUCUAACUUCCUGGGAGGCUUUUUUGCGUGGAGAAAGAAGCGAAGAUCCCAUUUUUUUCACAAAAGACAGUUCAAAAAAUCUUCACAAUGAGCACAGCUGCAGAACGAAAGUUCGUUAAUCUAAGGAAGCGGUUGGAUCAGCUGGGUUAUCGACAACCAUUAGGAGUGGAGAGUUUGCCUUUGGUGGAAAAGCUUUUUAGUGACCUUGUUCAUACAACUGAGAGCCUCCGGAGUGCUAAGCUAUCUUCUGGAAAACUAGAAAAAGAAUACAGCAACUUUGACGUUAUUCUAGAACCUUAUCGAGAAGAAAAUGCUAGGCUCACCCGUGAAAACAAUGAACUACAUUUAGAAAUUCUGAAACUGAAAGAACAAUUGGAAAAGCAGGUCAAAGGUUUGAAAACUACACUGAGGAAAAUUGAACAUGAGAAUGCAGAUAUGAAAUUUUUGAAUAACCAGUAUAUACAUAAAAUUAGAUUAUUAGAGAAAGAGAACAAAGCCAAGACUGACAAGAUCCAGCAACUCCAAGAGAAAAAUCUGCAAGCAGUGGUUCAGACACCAGGUGGUAGGAAAAGAAAUAUUCCGUUCAGGCGUCAGCGUAUGCAGAUAGACCAACCAGUCCCUCCCUCAGGAAUCGGUGCUUAUCCAAUUCCUCAGCCAGAUGACCCGUAUAUUGCAGACCUUCUUCAAGUGGCUGACAACAGAAUUCAUGAACUGCAGUUAGAAGUGUCGGACUUGCAAGAAAAGCUAGAGAUAGCUGAACGUGAGGUGAAAAAUUACAGCAAACAGGUUGAGCUGCGAGACAGUGAGAUUGAGCGUUUAGGCCUGGCACUGGAUGGCGGUCGCUCUCAUGAUGUCAUAUCUUUGGAAGCCAGAAGCAGAAGUAAUGAAAAAAUUAUUGCUCACUUAAAUUUACAGAUUGAAUUUCUGCAGCAAACAAACAAAGAGCUUGAAAUGCGCAUACAAGAUCUUCUGGACAGUAAGCAAAAUGUCACUAGUGAAGUGGCUCAUUUAAGCAAUAAAAAUGAAGAACUGUGCCAAGAAUUGAGUGAAAUAGAUCACUUGGCACAACAGUUGGAAAGACACAAAGAAAUUGUGCUUGAGACUGCAGAUAAAGAAAUUGGACAGGCUAAGGAAGAGAUUAAAAAAACAUACAGUGAAAUCCAGGAUCGUGAAGAGACUAUAGCGAAGCUUAAGUCAGAGUUAUCUACAUAUCGGAGAGAAAAAGACAGGCUGACCGAAGAACUCUAUGGAAAAACUGAUGAAAAACAAAAUCUUGAGGUGUUGUUAAACCAGGUUCAACUAGAGAACCAUAGACUGGCCAAAAAACUUGAAAACCUUGAAAUAAUAGAUCGGGAGCUUGUUGUAGAACUAGAGAAAAUGAGAUUAGAAGGCGGUAUAGCACUUGGGGACAAAUCACCUUCUCGUCUGGAUGCAUUUGUAAAAACUAUAGAAGAAGACAGGGACUACUAUAAGCGUGAACUAGAGUGUCUCCAAAAGAUAAUUAGACAAAGAUCUAGCCCAUUACGCAAGUCACCAGAAAAGAAUGGUGAUCUAAGAUUGGUUACCCGAGAAAGAGAUGAGCUACAGUCUAUGCUAGAAAGAUUUGAAAAGCACAUGAUAGAAAUUCAAUCUAAUGUCAAACUCUUAACUGCAGAAAGAGACAAACUAAGUAUUCUUUAUGAGCGGUCUCAAGAUGAGUUAAACCGUCUACGGAGAGAAACAAAAACUUCUUUAAUGACCCAAAGUUAUGCAGAAGAGGAGCGAAACAUUGCAUUGUCCGAUUUCAGAAGAAUGGUGGCAGAGAAAGAAGGACUAAGAGAGAAGUUAAAGAUCCAUCAGGAUGAAAAAUCAAAGUUAGAACAGGAAAUAUCAGACUUGGAAAACACUGUUCACAGAUUGGAAACUGAAAAUCUUGAUCACAUAACUACUAUUUCAUUGUUAAAAAACAAAAUAGUCUGCUUAGAAGAUGAAUCAAAUAUUAAGUCUCAUCAGCUGUCUCAGUUGUCUGAAGAUGCUUCACAAUUUAAAACAGAAAUAAACUCCCUUCAACUACUAAAUGAACAGAUACAAAAGUCUUUAGAUGAAGUGCAGCAUCAGUUGGCUCUUAAAGAUGAUGAACUUCAUUUGGCUCAAGAAGAAAUUUUAUCGCUAGAAGAAAAAACAGGUAAAUUCAGUAAUAAGCACCAUGCACAGGAUGAGACCAUCAGUGUGCUCAGAAGUACAAUUAAUGUCUUGGCUAAGGAAAAAGACAGCCUCCAGGAAAGCAUAGAUGAAAAGACAGAAAGAGUAGCUUAUCUAGAUGACAAUUUAGCCAAUAAGGAAAAAACUAUCCUCAAUUUGCGACAAACUCUUACUCAGUUAGAGUCGUCCUUAGACCAGUUAAAGGAUGCCUUAAGCGGUAAAGACCGAGAACUAGCCAGUGUCCGUCGCCAGAUCGAGGCAGCACAUUCUGAGCUUGGUGAAGUCAGCAGGGUGAAAGAAAUGGCCUUGAAAGAGAACAGAAGAUUACAGGAUGAUCUAUCCAUAAUGGCCAGAGAAAACCAGGCUAUCUCAUCUGAACUGGAAGCAGCAUUACGUGAUAAAGAAGAAAUGAAAAUUAGAGUUCAUAAUUACAUAACAGAAGUCUCCAGGUUUGAAAGUUUAAUGGCCUCAAAGGAAAGAGAAAACAAGGAGUUGUUGGAAAAGUUCCAGAUGCUCUAUAGCCAAGCUGAAACCUGGGAAGUAAAGGCCCAUCAAGCUGAGGGGCAAAGCAGCUCUGUACGACUGGAACUCCUUUCUGUUGAUACUGAGAGAAGACAUCUUAGAGAGAGAGCGGAACUACUGGAAAAAGAAAUUCAGGAGCAUAUCAUUGCCCACCAAGCUUAUGAAUCACAGAUCUCUUCAAUGGCAAAAAGUAUGGCCAAACUGGAGGAGAAUCUCAAACGUGAAAAAGAAGAAAAGUCUUCCAUGUCUGUUGAUGUGGUUUCUGUUAGAGAGUUGUGUGCCAAACUGGAGUCCAGCAAAGAAAGUCUUUCACGUCAGUUAACAUCCAAAUCUAUGGAUUUUGAGAGGGUAAUAUCAGAAUGUGAAGAUGCAAGAGCAGAAACAGAACUGCUAAAAAAACAAUUGUCCAGUGAGCGGCUUACAAUACAGAACUUGGAAACACUCUUGUCUACCAGCAGAGACAAAGAUUUUCAGAAUCAUUUGAUAACCCAUGAGAAAGAUUCAGAAAUACAGCUACUUAAGGACAAGUUAACACUCUCGGAGAGUAAAUUAACGAGCGUUAAUAGGGAAGUUUCAAUAACCCGAAAUAAACUUGCACAGCUGCAGGCUGAUUAUGAUAUUCUAAAAAGGCAGCUGACAACAGAACGAUUUGAAAGGGAGCGUGCCAUUCAAGAGAUGCGUCGACAUGGUCUCUCUACUACUUCGCUACGUGCCUCAUCCCCACUUAGUUCAACUUUUAAAACUUCACAUUCUCCAGAAAGAACAGUGGUAACUGAACAAGCAGACAAUUCAGUGAUAAAGUUUGAGGAGUUGCCACAGCUGAGCUCCAGCUUUUAAUGGCGUAAAAUAAGGCAGUUUCCAUUAUAGAAACUGCUAUGAAGAACAGAAAAGGAAUAAGACACACGACAAAAACGGAAGCCUCAAAUCUUGAAGUUGCCUGUGUCUAGAUUGCUUUUAAUAAAACUGUGAAAGCAUAUUGUUUUAAUAAAUAAAAUAUAUAUAUUAACUGGAAUAAUAGUCUCAGCAGAAAUACUGUGUUAAAUUUAAGGAUGACCAUAUAUUAUUUUUAAGGUA